CCCCCUCUAAAAUUGGAAGGAAUGUCCUCCAGAGAAUGCUCUGGAAUGGCCUUGGGACCUGAAUGAUGUAAGCAUUCUUGGGGGUAGGGACUGAGUAGGCGGUAGGAGUGGUUUGAGGGAGGGGUGGUGGAGAGUGAAACUUAGGCUGGAAGUGACAGGUGGUGCGGCCUGCUGAUGGUUACAUUCUAUUUCCUUUUGUAUAUGUGUGUGUGCCCUUGUGUGACUUUGUUCUUUUCCUUUUUCCUCUUUACCCCUGCCCACCACCUUCAUCAAUACCCGAUGAUCUCUCUGCUGGCAUGCUGUCUUCCUGUCCCCCCCAGAACUCUCCUCUCUCUCUCAUCCAGACCUCAGCGCAGGAUGUUGCGGAGGUUGCUGGAGCGGCCCUGCACACUGGCCCUGCUUGUGGGCUCCCAGCUGGCAGUCAUGAUGUACCUGUCGUUGGGGGGCUUUCGAAGCCUCAGUGCCCUCUUUGGCCGAGAGCAGGAGCCGACAUUUGACUAUUCUCAUCCCCAUGAUGUCUACAGUAACCUCAGUCACCUGCCUGGGGCCCCUGUUGCCCCAGGGGGCCUUCCAGCUCCUCAAGGCCUGCCGUACUGUCCAGAACGAUCUCCUCUCUUAGUGGGUCCCGUGUCCGUGUCCUUCACCCCGGUGCCGUCGCUGGCAGAGAUCGUGGAGAGGAACCCCCGGGUGGGGCCGGGGGGCCGAUACCGCCCUGCAGGCUGUGAGCCCCGGUCCCGGACAGCCGUCAUUGUGCCCCACCGCGCCCGGGAGCACCACCUGCGCCUGCUGCUCUACCACCUGCAUCCGUUCCUGCAGCGCCAGCAGCUUGCUUAUGGCAUCUAUGUCAUCCACCAGGCUGGAAAUGGAACAUUUAAUAGGGCAAAGCUGCUGAAUGUUGGGGUGAGGGAGGCCCUGCGUGAUGAAGAAUGGGACUGCUUGUUCCUGCAUGAUGUGGAUCUCCUGCCAGAGAACGACCACAAUCUGUAUGUGUGCGACCCCCGAGGACCUCGGCACGUUGCUGUUGCCAUGAACAAGUUUGGAUACAGCCUCCCAUAUCCCCAGUACUUUGGCGGGGUCUCGGCGCUCACUCCUGACCAGUACCUGAAGAUGAAUGGCUUCCCCAAUGAAUACUGGGGCUGGGGUGGUGAGGAUGAUGACAUUGCUGCCAGCCUGCCCGGGUCAGGCUUUGCAUGCUGCUCCCCCUUCUGUCAUCCUUCAGUCCCUUGGACCUGGUUAGUAACAUUCCCGGGAGAGAAGACAAGAUCAAUACAAUCAAUCCCAAUAGUGUCAUGGGAUUCCAGAGCUGGAAAGGAGCCUAGAGACUGUUUAGUCCUGCCUCUGCUAGGAUUGCAUCCAAACCACUUCCUGCAGAGCUGGAAGAGGAAAGGCUCUGCUCCACAGAGUCCAGAAUCACUUUUUUUUUUUUUUUUAAAUAAAGGGCCUGUGCCAUUGGCAUGAUGCCAGCUUAUUUUUAGCAUGUGAAACAUUUUGACCUUCAGCCUCAGCUGACCCAAUUUCAUAUGUCAUUUGACUAUUUGGGCUUGAUAUGCUGGGCCCCUUGCCUCUCCUCCUGCUUUGUCCUCUGGGAUGACAUCUCUAUGAAUUCUUGUCUUCUGUAUGUGUGUAAAGCACCCAGCAAUUUCUAAAUGUAUGUAUUCUUUCAGUACCUUCCCCAGCCAUCCUCAUUCUUGCUUCUGUGUAUCAGAAUUGGAGUUCAUUUCUUUCCAGGCCCUGAUUUCCUGGUUCCACCCUUUUCUUAAAUGUAGGUGGGGGGUAGGAGUGCAGCAGAGCUGAAGCUGCUCAGCCACUAAUCUCAGUAAGAAUUGCUGAACUUGGGUCUGUGGUUCCCAGUCUUGUCCUACCUUUUUUGACAAAAUGGUUCCUCUCCCUGUCCUUUCCAGACAGCAAAGGCAGCUCCUGGGAGCCAUUUAGGAAACAGGUGGGAGGUGCAAACCUACCCCCGCCAAUUGUUUAUAGGCCCCAGGGUGCCUGCACUAGGCCCUGAGGAUUUGGAGACAACCAGCUUUUACAUUCUCUUCUGCCUUUCCUUCUUUCUGUUUGACUUUUCUGUUCGCCCUUCCAGUACUUGGCCCUUUGUCGAGUUAGUAAUAGUUAUUCUUUGUGUAAAGAAACAUGCAAUUCCUUCCUUGCUGGCCUUAGCUCUUCUUGCUCACCUGUCAGCAGCUUUCUUCCACUCCGGAUCCUCCAAGGUACCCUCGCUUU